GUCCUUUACAGAGGCGCUUGUUUACCUUACUCACCAAAUGUGUUUAUAACACGCUGACAACAGUGUCGCUCUUGUCAGGUGCAUUCAGCUUGCUGUGCUUUUAACCUACACUGCCAGUUUUGGAAACAAAAAAAUAUUUUAGUUGUACUUUAGUUGUGUGAAGUUAUUCAAACAGGGACGAGUGAAGAAGGAAGGAUUUUCCUUGAACCCGUUUUCUAUUGGUUUUGCUUGGGGUUUGACUGCUGUCAUGUACAGUUUCUAGACAUUUUCUUUGACAGACAGGAGAGAGUAAGCUUAUGCUACCCUUCAUCCUCCUCGCUGGAUAUCUAUGGAGAGGCUGUCCUGUAUGCUCCCACGCAGCUCUUGGAGUUACUUGCGGCCGAGACAGCACCGUGAAUGUUGAAUUCACCGACCUGGAUAGCAGAAGACGGCACACAUAACCUCAUUUGAAUGCCUUUGCAAGGAGUUUGCUGCUUUCUGUUCUGCAGGCAGGGCUUCAGUUUGCUCGGACGGGACUAUGGGGAGAAAGAGGAGGAAGAGUCUUUUGAAUUGCGCAACAAGGAGGACUUGACUCCCAAUGGACGGAGUCCAGCUGAAGUGACUGUUUCUCAACCAACUCGCACAGCCAAUGGAACAAAUGGGCACACUGUCUCAGAGGUGUCUGACGAGAUGAAGAGUCUGAUCAUCGAGAAGAAUAAGAUGGGCCUGGAGGAAGAGCCUGAACUGCUGGUCAAAGGGUGGCUGUUGCGGGAGGUGCCAGGAAACUGGAUCAAGCAGCGUCGGCACUGGUUCGUGCUGAGCCAGGACUCCCUCGACUACUACAGCGGACCAGAGAAAGGAGCUCGCAGACUGGGCACGCUGGUCAUCACCAGCCUCUGCUCUGUCAUCUGGCCAGACAAACAGACAUACAAGGAAACGGGCCACUGGAGCAUCACAGUAUACGGGCGGAAGCACUGCUUCAGGCUGUACACCAAGCACUUCAACGAGGCUGUGCACUGGGCAUGUGCCAUCCAGAAAAUCAUUGAUACCAAAGCACCAGUGGAAACACCAACACAGCUCCUGAUUCGAGACAUCGAGGAGAAUAAGUUCAACCCCGAGGUAGUGGAGCACAUCUACCAGCACAAUCUCAUCCUGAAGUACACCCAGGGCCCCCUGUACGCUCCUCUGCUGCCCUUCCCCUACGGCAGCCAAGAGCACACAUACCACAGCGGGAAAGGCUACGGCUCAGUGCGUGAGGAGGCAGUGAAGCUCUUCAACUGCCUGCAGCAGCUAGAGUCGGCACGGGAGCCGGUUCCCAUCAUCCAGGGCGUGCUGCAGACCUGCCUUGACCUGCGACCUCUCCGAGAUGAGGUCUACUGCCAGCUAGUGAAGCAGACCAGCUACACGCCUGCACCCUACACUGCCGCGCACCUCCGCUACUGGCAGCUUCUCACCUGCAUGAGCUGCACCUUCCUGCCUGGGCCCACCGUGCUCAAGUACCUGCGAUUCCACCUUAAGAGGAUCCAGAGCCAGAGUCCUGAGUCUGAGAUGGAUAACUAUGCGUCAUUCAUCAGCGAGGCUCUGGAGAAGACCAAGUGUCGGGAGUGUGUGCCAUCCUGGGAGGAGAUCCAGAUGCUGAUGAGCCGACAGGAGAUGCUGUGCACUGUGCACUAUCCUGGCCCGCUAUCCUGCCAGCUCUACAUCAGCUCACACACUACCGCCAAUGAGGUGGUUCGAAGGAUGCAGGAGAAGCUCGGCCUGCAAGACAGCAAAAACACGUUUGCACUGUAUGAGCAGAACGCACUGUGGGAGCAGCCAGUCGCAGCCGGCGCUCUGAUCGCAGACAUCCUGACCAGCCUCUCAACCAAAGAGUCAGAGUCUGAAGCCCAAUGGAAACUGUGUUUCAAGCUCUACUGCCUGUUGGAUGCUGACAGCAUAUCAGUGGACAGCAUUGAGUAUCUCUUCCUCUUUGAGCAGUGCCAUGAGAUGGUGGUGCGUGGCCAGCUGCCAGCCUGUGAAGAGGACCUGCAGGCCUUAGCUUCCCUGAGGCUUCAGUGUCUGAUGGGGGACUUCAGCACACAUGCCCCCUGCCCACCUCUGGACGAGCUUUUCCCAGGUCACGUACUAGAAGCUCAAGUUCUCAUGUCACUUUCUGCACCCCAAGCCCUGCCUCCUUGUCAGGUGGCGGAUCAGGGCUGCCCCACGACACAGCGCUUCCACACAGGCCUUCUGGCAGGGACGCUGUGGAGCCACACGGCGACAGCAGCGCAUAAGCAGAAGGUGGAGCAGGAUAUGCGUCUGCGGAGCCGGCUGAAGGAGGAAGCAGCAGCUGUCAUGGGAUCCAUCUUGGAGCGUUGGAAAGUCCUGGCCGGCUACAGCCGCAGGGACAGUAUGGCUGCCUACCUCACAAUUGCACGCCAGUGGUCGGGCUUUGGAUGCACUCUUUAUGAAGUGGACUUUUAUAUUAGUUCGACGGGGAGUUUUUCCCAGAAGUUGUGGCUGGGUGUUGCUGCUACAUCCGUGUCUCUGUAUCGGCAGGGAGAGGCAGAGGCCCUGGAGUCCUUCCCUUAUGGCCAGAUCUGUUCUUACGGUGUAUCUGAUAGCAACACCUUCAAGAUCACAGCUGGGGAUCGAGAUCUGCUGUUUGAAACAACCAAGCUGACUGAGAUCAUGCAGCUGAUGAAUGCGUAUUUCAGUGCCAUCCGUCGCCAGCGAGGGAAAGGGGAAGAUGCGGACAUCACCAUAACAGAAAGCACAGAGGUGGGAUUCCGUCACCUGGUCUCGACGCACACACCCACCCUCCUGGAGCUGCCCUCGCACCCAGUUUGAGAGGAACCCAUACCCGGACACCCGCAAUCCCCCCCACCGUCCUCAUCCACGUGGCCCCGAUGAGGCCCAGCCCCAGUCCUCAGGACACCACGCCUCCUCCACUGGGAACGGCACGGCAGCCAAAACAAAGAGAGGGCUGUUUUCGCUCCCCAUCCGUGAAAAUAAACCCUUGCUGAGCUUUCCAGCUGAAGGAGCUGGCCGAUGAAGGAGGGAGGGAGGGGACGGGAAGGCAAGGGGGUUCUGUUUGCAAGUGAGGCCAGAAACCCACAGAAACCAAUGCGGUUGCUGAUGAGCUGUCACGCACCCUCCACCCCAUCCUGUCACGCAACCACCUCUGUUACCCUAGAUGGCAACACCCCCCCCCCCCCCCCCCUCGACAAUGUGAGCCUUGCUACAUCAGGGAGAGAUAGCAACACAAGAGUUAGGACAAUAAGCUGUGGCACUCCCCUUAUGAAGGUAUGGCUUAGAGUGAAAACACUACUCUCUCUCUCUCUCUCUCUGUCUCUCUGUCUCUCUCUCUCUCUCUCUCUCUGUCUCUCUCUCUGUCUCUCUCUCUCUCUCUGUCUCUCUCUCUCUCUCUCUCU